AUGGCCCCCCAACCCCUUUGCUCCGCUAUGACGUGGUUAGUGUGAAGAAUUAUAUUCCGAAGAUAUUCAAAAAGUAUGGCUCACAGUUUUGGAAAAGAAAAAUGAUAGUAUUUUUCAGCGUGUCAUAGUUCACAUAUAGAAUAAAAUGUAAUACGAUUUGAAGAAACAAAUCUAAUCCAAUAAAUUAGCAAAUGAAAACUAGAAGAAACUAAAAUCUUUUGUUUCAGUCAUUCUGGUUGUGAUGGUGAUCUUCAACCAGGGAGGAGCCAACUUGAACAGCUUCAACCCGCAAAUGGCUCCCAACCCUUUGCUCCGCUACGACUUCACGCGACCAGGUUAGUGUGAAGAAAUUUAUAUAUAAUUUUCGAAAGAGCACAGCUCAAAGUCUUCUGUCAAAUCUGAAUUUCUAAGAUCUGACGGAAUCCAUUUCUAUUUCGUUUCAGCAAUGUUCGUCGGGAUGGUGAUUGCUCACCUUCGAGAAAAAAAUCGUCUUUCCUUCGCGUAAAUUUAUGGACGAAGAAAACAACAGGUAAAAUUUUUAUUUUACGCAGCAGAAAAAUAUCAAAUAUUUUUUUAAUUCUUGCUUGGAUUGUGAUUCAAUGUCUUAGACAGGGCCUGAAAAUAAGUAUUUUUUCUUUCGCUGGCUCGGAAACAGAAGUAAAAUGUGGAAUUCUCCAUCAAAUUUGUUAGGCAAAACGACAAAAGUCCCUGUUUAGGGAGAUGUUUCCGAACGAAAAUGAGUAAAAAAAAUUCCAGGGCACAGCUCUGUUUCAGAGAACUCAUAAUGUAAAUCAUUUUUCCGAUUUCGAUGUUUGUUGUUAUUUUUUCUGAAAAGUUUAUUUGCAGCAUGA